CCGUCGGCGGCGCGACUCGCACUGACCAAUUCACCACGAAGCGGUACACCUUCCACGAGCGAUGCUUCGUACUCUUGUCAUCGCCAACGUUGUGGUCGCGUCCGUCUACGCCAAUACAUGCACGGUUUUCCCCGACGUCGACUUUGUUGGCAAUGACAUCGCGACCACGACCCGAGCCAACCCUGGCGACUGCUGCGCCGACUGCCAGGCCACCCCUCGAUGCACCGCGUACAACUGGGACACGGGCGUUUGCUACCUCAAGUCGGCGAAAGGAGCUAGUGCUCCACUGCCGGGGGGUGUCUCGGGCGUCGUCGAUGGCUUGACCCCCGCUCCCACAACCCCAAAACCGACCCCGUCGCCGACAAAAACGCCGCCGACGACUCCAUCCCCCACGACGAAUGCGCCAACGUGCCAACGCAUCCGCAAGUCAUGGGAAGCGCUCACCGCCGCCGAGAAGGACACAUUCACAAAGAAACCAUGA